UGAGGUAGAGGUGAUCAAAGAGAGGGGUAGACUCAAAGAAAAGGCAGGACCCAAAUCACCUUUUUAGCCUAAUGUUAAUGAGGUGUCAUAAUUCCCAAAUCCAUCAAUUAUCUAGCUUCCCCAUUAAGCUUCAGUCCAUAGGGGGGUGGGUGGCUGUUUAAUCAUACCCAUUUCUUAUUUCAUUUGUGUUAUAGGUGUUAGGUACACAUUCCCUCUAAUUCUUCUUACUCUUGACAGCCAAUUCCACCCAUCAUAAUCAUAAUGUGAGUGUGAGUGUGAGUGUGAGUGUGAGUGUGAGUGGUUCAAGAAUCUUCACUUCACUUCACAUUUCACAAAUACCAUCAUCCUCUGCUCGGCGGCAGAAAAACAAGAGUUGAUGGCUAUCUCAAUCCCCUUUUCCGACUUUACCCCUCUCACCAUCCUCUAUUUACUAUUCUUCUUCUCUUCCGUUUCCUCCUUCAACAUCACCCAUCUCCUAUCCUCCUACCCCGAUCUCUCCGCCUUCACCGCCCUCCUCACCACCACCUCCGUCGCCGCCGAUCUCACCGCCCGUUCCUCCCUCACCCUCCUCGCCGUCCCCAAUGCCUAUCUCUACUCUACCUCCGCCACCCCCCAACCCUCCUCCACUGACCUUGCCGAUGUCCUCCGCUACCACGUCCUCCUCGAGUACCUCUCCUUCUCCGACCUCCGCCUUUUUCCUCCCACCGGCAAAUUGGUCACCACCCUCUUCCAAACCACUGGCCGCGCAGCUGCUAAUUCCGGCACUAUCAACAUCACCUUUGAUUCCUCCUCGGGCACAGUCGCGUUCUACUCACCCACCUCCAGCGCUACGCUGCUGUCCCCAAUCAAAACCCUACCUUACAACAUAUCAAUUUUGUCGCUGAAUUCCCUACUAAUUCCUUACAAUCUCGAUCUCGUCGCUUCGGAGACUCGCCCCCCACUGGGACUCAACAUCACUAAAGCGCUAAUCGAUGGUCAUGAUUUCAAUGUAGCGGCGUCGAUGCUCGGCGCCUCAGGGGUAGUUUCGGAAUUUGAAGCGGACGAAACAGGGGCGGGGAUCACAAUGUUCGUCCCCACGGACGAAGCUUUCGCCGAUCUGCCAUCGACUGUCAAAUUUCAGUCAUUAGCUGCUGACAAGAAAGCAGUGGUGUUGAGGUUUCACGUCCUCCACUCCUACUACCCGUUGGGCUCUCUGGAGUCUAUUGUCAACCCAGUUCAGCCCACAUUGGCCACGGAGCAAAAUGGGGCGGGUAGUUUUACCCUAAAUAUUUCUCGGGUUAAUGGAUCAGUAGGAAUUGACAGUGGUGUGGUACAGGCAUCAGUAACUCAAACGGUUUUCGAUCAAAACCCUGUGGCUAUUUUCGGUGUCUCGAAAGUCUUACUGCCCAGAGAAUUUUUUGGGAGGAAUCCAAUUGAGGUGAACCAGCCUAAUGACGGCGGUGGAACGCUGAGCAGCGCUCAGCCGCCGGAUAUUGCGCUCUCACCUGAUAAUUCUCCAGCAAUAUACGGCCCGCCAAGUCAUUUAUCCGCGCCUCCGGGGCUGGGAAUUCGGUCUCCGGCUGCAGCCGUGGCAGUGGGGUUUCUAAGAACACUUUUGGGUCUGUGGUGUACAGGGAUCUAUUGCUAUCUAUUGCUAUAGCCAUGAAAUUGAUUGAUUUGGAGUUGCAUCAUUUUUCAUCACGGAGAAUACAGUUCGCGGCUUAGGAGCAAUUUUACGCUGGAAUUCAUCGAUCAUGACUUAUGAGGUAACUAAUAAAGAAAAAGGAAACAGAAAUGUGCAAACUUGUAUUUACUUGCCGAUAGUUUAGGAUAGGCGGUAAUGAUUUGGAUCCAUAAUUUAAUUUGUUGUAAUCAUCAUUUCUUGAAUCUGCAUUCUUGUUGUAAAGAAGUUGAAUUUUUUGGAUUGUAAUGUGUAAAAUAGUAACCAAUUUUUCUGUACAAAGUCUUGAGAAA